CUGGGAGGACCCUCUCCGCAGGAUGUUCUCUCCACCAAAGAACUCCCUGUAACAGGCGAUGAUGACAAUCCCGGCGGGACCUUGGAAAGCACUAACAUUUCAGUAGUCCAGCACCCGUGGGUGGCCGCUUAUCCCUCCUUCUCCACGCCCCGCCCUCCCAUCGCUCACCGUGAUGGUGUAUUAACCAAGAAGAACCCUGCUUCUUUUCUCCUCACCCCUCAACUUUCGGCAGCUCUGGGAUUUGUAUGGCAGCAGCGUAACCGUGGAGAGGCCGGGGUAUCACAAACUUAUGGAUUUUGAUAAGAGAGGAGGGAAAGGGGAGCUGGAGGAAGGUAAAAGGAUGUCCAAGACAGGUGGAGGAAGGAGCAGUCAUGGAAGCCGGAGUGCUGGAACCAACUCGGGAGUCUUAAUGGUGGGUCCCAACUUCCGGGUUGGCAAGAAGAUUGGAUGCGGCAAUUUCGGGGAGCUCCGUCUAGGAAAGAACCUCUACACGAAUGAAUACGUAGCUAUCAAAUUGGAACCUAUAAAAUCCCGGGCCCCCCAGCUGCACCUGGAGUAUCGGUUCUACAAACAGCUCGGCAAUGCAGAAGGAAUUCCUCAGGUUUACUACUUUGGCCCCUGCGGGAAGUACAACGCCAUGGUGUUGGAGCUGCUAGGACCCAGCCUAGAAGAUCUCUUUGAUCUGUGUGAUCGGACCUUCACGCUCAAGACCGUCCUGAUGAUUGCAAUCCAGCUGAUCACACGGAUGGAGUACGUCCACACCAAAAGCCUGAUCUACAGAGACGUCAAGCCAGAGAACUUCCUGGUGGGGCGGCCGGGCAGCAAGCGGCAGCACACCAUCCACAUCAUUGAUUUUGGCCUGGCCAAAGAGUAUAUUGACCCCGAGACCAAAAAACACAUCCCCUACCGAGAGCACAAGAGCCUGACAGGGACAGCACGCUACAUGAGCAUCAACACCCACCUCGGGAAAGAACAAAGCCGCAGGGACGACCUGGAAGCAUUAGGGCACAUGUUUAUGUACUUCCUCCGUGGGAGCCUUCCUUGGCAAGGCCUCAAGGCUGACACGCUAAAGGAGAGGUACCAGAAGAUCGGCGACACCAAAAGAGCCACUCCAGUGGAGGUGCUCUGUGAGAACUUCCCAGAGGAGAUGGCCACGUACUUGCGCUACGUGCGGCGGCUGGAUUUCUUCGAGAAGCCUGACUACGACUACCUGCGGAAGCUCUUCACAGACUUGUUCGAGAGGAACGGUUACGUGUUCGACUAUGAAUACGACUGGGCAGGGAAGCCACUGCCCACCCCCAUCGGCACGAUGCACAGCGAGGUGCAGGUGCAGCCCCCGAACAGAGACAAAGCACAGCCACACACCAAACACCAGGUGAUGAGCUCCACCAACGGAGAGCUGAACACGGACGACCCGACGGCAGGACAUUCAAACGCCCCCAUCACAGCCCCCACCGAGGUGGAGGUGACAGACGAUACAAAGUGCUGCUGUUUCUUCAAGAGAAGGAAGAGGAAAACCACCAAGCGUCGCAAGUGAGCUGCCGGGGCCGGGUGGAGCGGCGUGCGCGAUGGCUCCUCUCCCUCUGGCCGUGGCUGGAUCUUGACCUGUGGAGCCGGCGGCGGCCCCUCGGUUUGGACGGGGGCGGGGGGGGGCCAGACGGCCUCCCCCAGCGCCCCACGCGCAGGCGGGGAGCGGGGCCUCCCCAAACUGCUUGUCCUUUCCUCCGCCACUCGCCCAGCGCGUGGCCGUUUACUCGAACCAAGCCCGACUUCGCUGAAGUUCCUGCGUCCGUCAAAAAGAAGAAAAAAAAAAAAAAAAAAAGAAGAAAGAAACGGAAACAAACCCACAGCGUCACUUGCUUUUGAGUCUAUAACUAGUUUGAAAAUGGGGAUCAACUCUACAGACUCUGAACCGUCGCUGUCAGAAGAAGCAGAAGACAAUUUCAAGAGCAGUGGGCUGAGGAGGAAGUUAAUUUUUUUUUUUUUUUUUUUUUUCUGUUGCUUCUUUGUCUCUUAAGUUAAUUUAAAGUGAGUCUCGGUGCA